UUUUCAUGGCAACUGUGAAUAAAUUCAUCAGUAUUAUGUUUCUUUGAUUCAAGCUUUUAAGACUGUUUCCAUGUAUGGAUCCAAAAUGAUACAUUCACAAAAUACCAUGUAGAUGGAAAUUAGUGCAUUUUGUUCUGCAUGUAAUUGAAAAACGGCAAAUGAAAAGUGUAGACUGGUUGCUUGUUGUAGACGUUAAAUGGAUUUUAAAGAGAUGCAAGGACCAAAGAGACAUUUGAUUUGAUAGUGAAUCUGUUACUCUUGCAUUUAAGUUUCUUAUACUUCAGUUUUGGAUUUUAUAACUUUUUUUUUUGUUUGCAUUUAUCUUUUUAAGAUGUUGAUUCUUUUGUGCUUAAAUAAUCUAAUGGAAAUGGCACUCAAAGUGAGACUCACGUUGGAAAAUAUGGCUCUGUAUUUUUUCAAGUUAUUUGUUCAUUUCCUUUCUAUAUUCUUUGUCAGUUUUUUUGUUUUCCACCUGCUUUAGUGUCAAAAGCUGCAUGAUCAGGAUGAGGAUUGAUAAUUUGCAUGAUAUAUGUACUUGUCUGACGAUCAAACAUUCGAGGUCUUGUCUUUAGAUGUAUAUCCACAUGAACUAAAUAUUUGAGAGUACAAUGCUCUUAACUACAAGUGUUCUUAUUUUCCAAUUAAAGGUGUUCUAGGCACUGAGCUUGUUUAUUUUUUGAGUUACGCAAUCAAACCAACCCUUCUUUUUUCUCAAUGCAUGUCUAUUCGCAGCCAUGAACUGCAUUGCUGGAAGAACAAGAAGCCAAAUGUCUGGAUGGCGGAAAAUUCUUCCUCCUGUUGUGGAUUGUUCAAGAAGGAAGCAUGCAGAAGUUCCCCAUUGCUCAAGUAGUAGAAAAGGCAAGAGAGCAAAAGAAGUCAUUCUCUUGAGCGAAGAGGAAGAGGGCAGUGAUCAUGUAGAGAAGCUCAAGACAAGAAAGCGGAGUUCGAAUGUGCAGAAAGGUAAGACAGUGGAGGAUGACAAUGAUGUUGAAAUGAGAAAGUUUGCAAGGAAAAAGGAGUGUUCAAGUUCAUGGAAAGGGAAGGAACAAUCAGACGCAUCUUCCAGGGGUUCUCAAAGGUUAUGGAGGACAAAAAUGAAAUGUAGGAAGCUAGGGAUCACAAUUUGCUCCUCUAUUAAUGGAAAUGGUGAGAAGAAGGGAGCAAUUGAGCUCAUGAGCAGUGAGGAUGAUAAUGAGGAUUCAACUGAAGUGGAGAAGCUUGUAAGAAGGCCAGUCAUCCAAGCAAGGAAAGUUAAAAAAAUAGCUUCAAGGAAUUCCAAUAGGGUGGCCAGAAGGAGAGAGAAAGCUUCGAAGAAAUUGAAUUGUGUGAAGAAGAAGCGGAGUUUGCAAUGGAACGAGGAUGAAGAUGAAGAAUCAAUUUCUACAAGUGAUGAUGUGGAGGAGAGUGUCACUGAUGAUGAUUAUAAUGAUGAUGAUGAUGAGGAUGUUAACUUGAAGGAAAGGUCAACUUCACCUUUGAGAAGCUACCAAGAAGGAAUGCACUCAAACGUCAUGAAAGCAGGAAGUCUUCAUUUUUUCCUAAACGAGGAAGAAAAAGUAUUUGUUGAUCUAGUCAACAGUGACAAUGAUGAUAAUACUAAGCAGUUGAAGACAAAAGAGCAGAAAACUAAGGACUCUUUAGGAUUGGAAGCUGGAAUCGCAAAUAAGAAUAGAUCAAUAGGGCAGAAAGUUGAGGAGGAAGAAACUCAAAGUCUGAGUUUUGAUAGUGAAGAAGAAGAAGGAGGAGGAGGAGGAGAAGAAGAUGAAGAUACUGAUGACAUUGAGGAUGAUGACGAGGAUGAUGACUAUAAUGUUGAUGAUGACUGGUACGAUUCUGAAGAAGACGAUGAAGAGAAUCAGGAGGAAUAUGAGGAAGAGAUACAAGUAGAGGAGCAAAGCAGAAGUUUGAAACAAACAGAGGUUGUAAUGAGAGAACUUAGAGAAGAAAACAUCAUCUUAAAGAAUGAGAACAAUAUACUCCGAAGCAGGUUGAAGCAAGACGGUUGCAAGAAACAUGGGAGACAGUAUAACACUCUUGUCAACAAAACAAGGUCCCAUAUGGAAAAAACUCCCAAGAGAAGACCUAGAACUCCUUAUUCAGAAGAUGGUCGCACUGAAGAGGGGAUAAUAAAAGAAGACAGAGACACUUUUACUAAAAUAGAAGCUAAUGAUCAUGAUCAGAGUACUAAUGUUGCUGAUAUUGAUGAUGGCUAUGAUGAUGAUGUCGGUGAUGUUAAAGGUGUUGCAGGUAGUGCUGAAAAACGAGCCAAACAAGAGGUUAAGAAGAUCCCUGGAGAUCAGAAACUUUAUGACAAGGCUGAGUUGAACAUUGAGAAAAGGGGCAACAAGACCUCUGGACAACCUAUACAUGAUCAUUUGGACGACCAAGAUACCAAUGAUUAUGGUAAUUCUACCGAUGGCAAUAGUUGUGCUGCUAGUACAGAGAAAAUAUACAAGAAAAAAAAGAACAAACGGAUGGAGCUUUCACUCUUUGAUCUUCUUAUGGACACAAUUAAUGAAAAGAGGGACAUUUUACCCGAUGAUGUGAAGACCUGUGAAGAAAAAAUUCCAAUCAAAAUAAAGUUGCCUUUGCGGUGGUCAUCUAGCGAAUCAGAGCGUGAGAAAUCAGAUUCUGAAGGAGAACUAGAUGACCUUUGGAAUGAACUAAAUUUCGUCCUCAGACUGAAUGAGAUCGGUUGUCCUGAUUGGCAUGAGACACAGCAUGAAUCGAACACAAACAUGACUCAAUCUCCAGUUACCUGUCAGCAUCAAUUCCUUCUUGAUGAACAAAUUGGCAUUGUGUGCAAAGUCUGCAAUUAUGUGAAGUUGGAAAUUAAGUACACAAUGCCACCAAUGAUUAAGCGUAUGAAUGGAAAAUCAGGCAAGAGGAUUUCACGUGAAGGAGAGGAAAUUUCAGAGGUUGAUGAUGAGGGGUUCAAAUGUCAAGAAUUCAGCACCCAAGGCUGCAAUUCAAAAACUUUCUCCGAUGGAACUGUAUGGGACCUCAUUCCUGACCUGAAAGAAAAAAUGUUCCAGCAUCAGAAAGAAGGGUUUGAGUUUAUUUGGAAAACUUUGGGAGGUGGUAUUGCUAUUAAGGAUUUGAAGUCCACUGGUUCAGAUGAUAUAGGUGGUUGUCUGAUUUCACAUGCUCCAGGUACUGGAAAGACAUUAUUGACCAUAGCAUUUCUCCGGUCAUUCCUUCUUCUUUUUGAUGAUUAUAGACCAAUGAUUGUUGCUCCACUUAUCUUACUAUCUACUUGGGAAAAUGAAUUCAAAAAAUGGGGAAUUGGGGUGCCAUUUCAUAUUCUCAAUCGAAAUGACUUCUCAGGGAAGGAAAAUGGUUCAGUGUUGGAGAUAUUUUCGAAAAACCAAUCAAGGUUGGGGAAUGGAAGAAAACAGAAUUUGCGGCGUAUGGUAAAAAUUUUUUCCUGGAUUCGUGACAAAAGUAUUCUUGGAAUCAGUUAUCACCUGUUUGGAAAGCUGACUGCAGAAAAGCAGCAUGGCAGAGAGGGCGAAUCAAUAAGGAAUUUACUUCUGGAGUAUCCAGGUUUGCUGGUGCUUGAUGAAGGGCAUAUUGCUAGAAACAAGCACAGUAAACUCUGGCAAUGCCUUAAACAGGUUAAGACACAGCGGCGUAUCAUGCUAUCUGGGACUCCAUUCCAGAACAACUUUGAUCAGCUUUUCAGCACUCUGUAUUUGAUUAGACCAAAUUUUGCAGAAGGCAUUUUUGAGAGAUUUGAGGACCACCCGAGCUGUUUAGAUGACCAAGCUGAUGAAGAGUACCUCUUACAUGAGAAAAAUGAGAGAGUACUUCGACGUAGUUUUGCAACCUUUUCAGUAGGCAUAGAACCAGAGGAAACUAGUUCGCAGUUAAAAGAGCUGAGGUCAAUCAUUGAUCCUUUCAUCCAUGUCCACGAAGGAACCAUCCAUGAGCUUCCUGGCUUGUUAGAUUAUUUUGUUUAUCUAUAUCCCUCUCCUCUACAGAGGUGCCUUCUAGAUAAGCUAACUGAUCGUACCAACUUCGAUUACGAUCAUAAAGUGUCUUGCAUUUGUGUCCACCCAUCCCUUCUUCUAAGAAGGUCUUCUCAAAAAGAUAAUGAGAAAGAUCGAGCAAUCAUCCAAGAGCAUAUGUUGGAUCUAUCAAAGGAACAAAUCCAUGAUGGAGUUAAAGUAAGAUUUGUCAUUGAGCUUGUUCAGCUUUGUGAAGCGAUAAAUGAGAAAAUUUUGGUGUUUAGUCAAUUUAUUGACCCUCUCGUCAUCAUAAAAAGACAUCUAAUUUCUUUCUUUGGUUGGACUGAUGGACGGGAGGUCCUACAGCUUGAUGGAAGCAUUAUUGAUCAGAAGCAGCGGCAGUCACUAAUUCAUACUUUUAAUGAUAUGUCAAAGGAGGUGAAGGUGCUACUUGUUUCAACAAGGGUAUGUGCUGAAGGAAUUGAUCUGACCGGGGCUUCGAGGGUGGUUUUGCUUGAUCUUGUUUGGAAUCCUUCAGUGCGAAAGCAAGCUAUCAGCCGAGCUUAUAGGAUUGGACAACAAAAGGUUGUGUAUGCUUACAACCUGAUAGCAUCAUCUACUUUGGAGGAAAAGAAGUACAACAUACAGGAUAUAAAGGAUAAAUUCAGCCAACUAGUGUUUUCAGUAUCUGCAAAGAACUGUACUGGUUCUAGGCUGGUAGACAUGAUGGAUAAUUACGAAGAUAAGGUUCUGAUUGAACUGAUUAAGCGAGACCAGAAUGCUAGUUUGUUUCAGAGAGUAAUUGAACUCAAGUGUGGCCGAGGGCAAUGAACUCUAUCAAAGCUUGCAGGCAUUGCCCCCAUCAUUUUUUCCCUAGUCCUGAUGGAAUCAAAAUGUGCAGACAGACUUGUAACUUUAAGGUGCUGCAAGCCUGCAAGGAGCAGGAGGAGCGGUAUCAAGAAAGAUGAAGAUUGGUUCACCUUUCUUCCACGGGCUUGGCUUCUAAUUCAGUUGCAGAACAACUCACCAAUCCAAACCUUUGUGAAUCACAUUAUAAUUUCUGGUAUGACCUCAGUAAUCAGGUUUGGGCUUCCCAUUAACAUCCCUAAUGACUAACCAAUUGUCUUUAUUUAAAAAACUUAUGGUCGAAGGGUCGAACCUCAUGGCUGUAGUAGAGUGUACCCCAAACCCUUAUUCAUAGGUUGGGGCGUUAACCGGUUGGAUCUGUUCUUACCAACUCUGACUUAAACGUGUCUGAUUGAUUCAGAUUCAGGGCCAAACUCAGUUCUAAAACAAACCUGUUACAGUUAUUAAUAUUUUUUUUUGUUAUGGUUUCUUAUAUUUUUUAAAACUAGAACUCAGAUUCGCGUCAGUAUUUAGAUUCAAUCGUGGCGAAGCAGGUUACGUGCACACCCCAGGCACAGCCGCACAGGGGUGUGUUAUAACUAAAAUGCCCUUGUUAAAACAAAAAAGGGGACUUUUAAAAUGAUUAAAAGGGAAUAAUAAGAAUAUUAAAAAACUAAAAAAGUACAUAACUUUAUAAAAAUUUUCUCAAAUGCCUCCACAUCCUUUUAUUUUUUAUGCAUAUUUGUUGCGUGCACACAUAUGCACAUACUCAAUCUCAAUUCAUGAGUUUGUUCUUCUACUCCUUCAUGUGUAUCUUGUUGGUUUGUUUCAUCUUCAACUAUAAGAAAUAAUUUGGCUAUAUAGAGACAGUUAAUACGUGAGCGAGAAACAAGCGGAAGAUUUUGCUUGCACGUGCUCAGCCAUGCCCUUUUUCUUGGGAACACAUCAAGAGAAAACGCUUCAUCAUCGGCCACAUGUCACAGACGCCCAAACCAUUUAGAGAAAAGGGAGUACUUUUCACUUUACAUCAAAGGACACUCUCGUUCAUGGUUUUGAACGCAUGAUUUUGACUGUUUGGUGAGGGGAGAUACUUCAAAGUAGCUGAUUUCUUGUUUCGAUUAUCGGGAUCUAGAGCUGUUUAGAGAUCUGAGUCGGAGCUGGACACCCGUCAACUAAGCAUUGCACAAUGCCAAUUGUUUAUGGUUCAGUGAAGUAGCCACCCAUAAGAAUCAAACUGACGACCGACCUUUCCAGUUCCACCAUGUCAGAGGGCUUCUAUCAUUUUGGUGACUUCCUCAAGCAAUUUGAUCAAACACAAUGUGGGGAUUAUCCAUCUUUAACUUUGCUACACUCAACGUUGAAUCCAAUUCUUCAAUUUGCUUUAGUGAUGCAUAAAAUGUAUGUAUUCAAACUC